AUGGAUACUAGUGGUGACGCCCCAAUCCGAGUUCUAGACUCCCACAUCCAUCUCUGGCCCGCCAGUGAUACUAUACCAGAGUCCCAUUCCUGGAUGACUCCGGGCAUGCCCCUGGCCAAGCAGUACUCACUCGAGAACUAUUUCGUUGCAAGUGGGGCAUCGCGCCCUUCCGCUCGCUCUACCACCACAUCAACAUCACCCGUCGUCGGCGCCGUCUACAUCGAGACGGACCGCACGCUCGGGCAUUGGCCGGAUUCCAGCAGCACCUCUUCUGGAGGUGAGCUUGACGUUGACGCUCUCCUCGCGCGGUGCGCCCAGCCUCUCGCAGAGCUACGAUGGCUGCGACGUCUUGUGGAAGGCACGCCCGCUGCUGGUGCAGACGAAGGCUUCGCUCCUGGCGACGGCGAAAUGUUAUUGGGGCUCGUGCCGUGGGCGCCGGUGGACGCAGGAGCGGAUGGGAUGCGGGCGUAUCUACGCGAGGCAGAGCAGACGGUAGGGCCGACGGCGUGGGCUCGGGUGCGCGGCGUACGCUUCUUGCUGCAGAGCUUGGAGAGCGAGGAGGCACUGCAGACGCUAGUAGAGAGCGAGGCGUGGGUGGAGGGGUUGAAAGAGUGUGGGCGGCGAGGCCUGUGUUUUGAUGUCGGUGUUGACGUGAGGGGAAAAGGAGUGUGGCAGCUCGAGCAGGCGGUGGAGAUGAUGGAACGGGUGAACGAAGGGGUGCCAGAGGGGGAGACGGUGCGGUUCGUGCUGAACCACCUCUGCAAGCCCGACCUCGAGCAGCUCCCCACUACUCCCGCCCAGCUCGACACGUUCGAGCGGUGGACCCGCAGCCUGCAGCGCGCGGCUCGCUCGCCGCAUGUCUACAUGAAGCUGUCGGGUGCAUUUUCGGAGUUGCCACCCCAGCCAUCCGACGCGCCAUGGCCUGCCGCCGCUGUCGUCGAGCGCAUGUGUCCCUGGCUCGAUGUCCUUUUCGCCACGUUCCGGCCUGCCCGUAUCAUGUUCGGCAGUGACUGGCCAGUAUGCAAUGUUCGUGGUCCCGGUGAUGCGCGUGCGUGGCCCUGCUGGCGCGAUGUUGUGGUCGAAAUGUUGAGUGUGUAUGGACUCGACGCUGAGGCAAGAGAUCGUGUGUGGUUCCGAACAGCGGUCGAGGCGUAUUGGUCGAUUCCAUCGGAAGGGGAGGGGGUGAGCGAGCAAGCAGAAUUGGGGAAAUAGAGUGGAAAGUAUAGUGAGGUCGUGCGUCCUUGAGGUUUGUUUGGAGUGAUUACUUUUGCGGAAGGUGUGAAUGACUGCGGGCAGGCAAGGAAAUCGCGGACGCACCGGUCAAUGAAGAGUUGAGCCAAAGGCCGAUAAGAGCGACAUAUGGCUUUUGCAUCUGAGGUAGCAUGAUAUAUAUUCGAACUGUUGUUUCUUAGUCUCC